CGCCGCCGAAGCGCCGCCCGGGGCCCCGCGCCCGCCGCUCGCCGCCGCCCGGGGGGCUCUCCCCGGGGGCUCCGCCGCCGCCCCCUCGCACAUGAAGAUGUGCGCGCAAAGGGCUCUGGUGCUGCUCUCGCUGCUGAGCUUCGCCACCGUGAGCCUCGCGCUGUCCUCCUGCACCACCUUGGACCUCGAGCACAUCAAGAAGAAGCGGGUGGAGGCCAUCCGGGGGCAGAUCCUGAGCAAACUGCGGCUCACCAGCCCCCCGGAGAGCGUGGGGCCGGCACACGUGCCCUACCAGAUCCUCGCGCUCUACAACAGCACCCGCGAGCUGCUGGAGGAGAUGGAGGAGGAGAAGGAGGAGAGCUGCUCUCAGGAGAACACCGAGUCCGAGUACUAUGCCAAAGAGAUCCAUAAAUUUGACAUGAUCCAGGGCCUCCCCGAGCACAAUGAGUUGGGCAUUUGCCCAAAAGGUGUCACCUCCAAUGUGUUCCGCUUUAACGUGUCCUCAGCAGAGAAGAACAGCACCAACCUGUUUCGAGCAGAGUUCCGGGUGCUGCGUGUGCCCAACCCGAGCUCCAAGCGCAGUGAGCAGCGCAUUGAGCUCUUCCAGAUCCUGCGGCCGGAUGAGCACAUAGCAAAGCAGCGCUACCUCAGUGGCAGGAAUGUGCAGACGAGGGGCUCCGCUGAGUGGCUGUCCUUUGAUGUCACCGAGACCGUGCGUGAGUGGCUUCUGCACAGAGAGUCCAACCUUGGCCUGGAAAUCAGCAUACACUGCCCUUGCCAUACUUUUCAGCCCAAUGGGGACAUCUUGGAGAAUUUACAUGAGGUCUUGGAGAUCAAAUUCAAAGGCAUUGACAGUGAGGAUGACUAUGGCCGUGGGGACUUGGGGCGCCUGAAGAAGCAGAAAGACUUGCAUAAUCCCCACCUCAUCUUGAUGAUGUUACCCCCACAUCGCCUGGAGAGCCCAACACUGGGAGGCCAGAGAAAGAAGCGGGCCCUGGAUACCAACUACUGCUUCCGGAACCUGGAGGAGAACUGCUGUGUGCGUCCUCUUUACAUCGACUUCCGACAGGACCUGGGCUGGAAAUGGGUCCAUGAGCCUAAAGGCUACUUUGCCAACUUCUGUUCGGGUCCAUGUCCGUACCUCCGCAGUGCAGACACCACUCACAGCACGGUGCUGGGCUUGUACAACACCCUGAACCCUGAGGCAUCUGCUUCACCCUGCUGCGUCCCACAGGACCUGGAGCCACUGACCAUCUUGUACUAUGUUGGGAGGACACCCAAAGUGGAGCAGCUCUCCAAUAUGGUGGUGAAAUCCUGCAAGUGCAGCUGAAAGGCACCCUGGGCUGCCCAAAGCCUAGAGAGAAACUGUCAGCACCCAUUCUGCUCCAAGGCUAGCACAAAAGGAACUGGGGGUCAGAGACUAUGCAUGCACAGGGCCGAGUGCUAAACCCUGUGGCUUUGGGUCUGGCAGCCCUUGGGAAUCUCUUCUGGAACAUUUCUCGGUCUUGUUGCUGGUGUUGCGUUCCCUCUGGGAGCUGCUCUGGCAACAUAAAGGCCACACUCCAAAAUGACUGGACAGUUGAUGCAGAAGAGAAGGACAGUGAAGGAACUGCUGUGUAUUUGAAUUUUGGGGUAGUCGAACUGGGAAGGCAAAGGAUUAGAAAGAGCAGUUAAAAGGAGGGAUUGGAAAUGGGGCAGUGUUCCCCUUCUUGCUGUAGCUCCCUUGGGACCUCUGCCCUCCCCACUGGCCUGAAGAACUAUGAAGGCUUUCCCUCCUGCAGGAGAAAAUCCUAGAAGUUUCUUUAGAGAAAGAAAAUGCACCAAGAAGAGAAGCUGCUCAGAGAAGAGAUGCUCAGAGAGACACACAGACUUACGUUCCUCAGAACUGUGAUCCAGGAGGCCUGUAUCUAUAGUUGUGUUUCUGACAGACCUGAAACUUCAGUUGGCAGAUCCUGGCUAUUGGUUUCCAAAUGCAAACUGCAGGGCUCCCAUUCAGCCUGCUGAGGGUGGGCAAAGGCAAGCAAAGAGGGUGCUGAGUCCUUUUUUAGGAGGACUGAUGUUUCUAUUCAGCUCUUUUCCCUUUCUGGAGUUGCUGAAAGAUGGUUUGUGGGUCAGGGCAGGAGCGCUAUCUGGGGGUACCUGGAUUUUGGAGCCAUUCACUCAUGAAUUGAUAACACCCUGAGGACCUUUGUCUGUUGUGGUUUGUGAUCUCAAUGUGGCCCCAGCCUCACCUGCCAAGACUUUAAAAAAAAUAAUAUUAAUCUCAAAAACAUUGUAAAAAAAUAAAUAUUUUGGGGGGAAGAUGGUCUUUUUUUUUUCUCCUCUCCCCACAAUGA